AUGAGUAAUAAUUGCAUUCGGUCUGUUACCUGUGUAGAAGAAGAUGAUAGAUGUAUGGCUCAGCUUACAAAGCAAAUCGAGGUUCAGGGGACGACUAUUAACCAAUUAUUAUCAAAAAUUAGUGAAAUGAAAAAUAAUUUUCAAAUGCAGCUUCAGUUGAAGGACAAUGAGUUCUCAAAUUUGAGGGAAAAAUAUGAGCAGCUUCAAUAUAGAGUAACAGAAUUUGGAGAUAAUUCAUCGAAAAUUGAUCAACCAAAUUUUUAUCGCCAUUAUCAAAAUACAUUGGACAAGUUGAUCAAAGAAAUUGAGUCACUGAAAAGGAAAAACAAAGAGUUGUUGAAUGAAAAAAAUUAUUUGGUAUCAAAAUUAGCAGAAAAAUUUAAACAAUAUCCAAUGGCAUCGUUUGACUAUGGAAACGAAAGCUACAAUAUUAUCAGCAAAUUAACUAAAUCUGAGAAGGCUGAAAACGUGGGUACGAGACGCUGUGAUAAGUUCUCUGAUUUGUAUGUAACUAAACUCGAUGAAAAUCUGGCUUUCGUCGGUGUUUCUGAUGGCGUUGUCCAAAAAGCCUCUGAUGUUAUCAAAGUCCAACAACCUCAGACAAUCGAAAACCCAAUGAAAAUCAUCGGAGCUAGUAUCGAUGAAGUAUCAUUAACAAAAACUAUCUCAAGUGAUUUCAAAGUAGUAUCAAAUCACCUAGAUGCGACGAAGAACGAUACAAUUUUCACAGAAGAAAACUGCUGCAAAAUGAACGCCAAAUCCGGCGGUCAUAGCGACAUAAAUAAUAUCAUAAAACUAGACCAAAUCAAAACGUUUAAGACUACUGUUAACGAUGAAAAAAAAAAACUCAUAGAUAAUAAAUUAGAUGCACGUUUAAAAUCUGAUCCGAUAUGUGCACUGCAAGAAUUGUGUAUGUACCGAGAUUGGAAACUACCGGAGUAUAAGUUUUUUAAAGAAGGUGAUAGUACAACUUUUACUUAUUCGGUAGAGUGUACCGUACUAUCGUUCACAGUUAGGGUCGAAGGUCUGCUAAAAAAAAGAGGCUAA